AUGGACACAACUUACCCUCCCAAGAUCAGCAAAGUCCUGCUCACUCCGGACCCUCACUACAUCCCGGGGUAUGCAGGCUACUGUCCACAGCUCAAAUAUAACAUUGGGAAGUCAUAUGGUCAGCUGACGUCUGAGCUGCUGUCCAGUCCUGAGGUCAACCAUUCCACUCGCCUCAUGGUGUCUGGAGUGACCCACUCAUCUGAGGCAGCCCGCACCGGGAUUGGCAGGAGCAUUUCAGACUGUCAUGUCAGGAAGAUGAUUCCAGGAUACACAGGUUUCAUUCCAAAAUGUCGGAGUCACUUUGCCUGCAGCUAUGGUGAAAUGUGUCGUAAAGCUUUCACUGACUUCUAUCAGGAGCAGCAGAAGAGAAGUCAGCAGCAGUCAGCCAAACUGCCAGUUAUCCCCAACUACAGCAGCCAUCUGUCUGAAGUAAAGUCCAUGUGCUCUUCACAGCAGGAAUCACAGACCAUCACCUCCACUGACAGCCAUCAACACUGUGAUCACCUACAAGCCCUCAGUGCCCUUCAUCCCCAUGGAAAGGCCAUAUUUAUGGAUGAUAAAAACCCUCACAAGUAUUUUAUUUCAGGAUUUACAGGACAUGUGCCAAAGGCUCGCUUCCUCAUUGGGAAAAGUUACCCCAUCACUACAAACCAGGCUCUAGUACAAUUUGGAAAACAGCAGCGCAAUGAACCCUUCUCUCAAGACACAGCAGAGGGCCAGGACAGCUCUACUCUCCCCACACUAUACCACCCAAACAGGGCAGUGGUGCCAUCCUUCACAGGGCACAUCCCAGGAUACAGAUUCUUGUAUGGACACACGUUUGGCCAGCUAUCUCAGAAUGCACUGGAAAAGAGUGGCAGCAAACGGGUUGCCUGGGGAGAGUGUUGA